GCUAACGUUAGGUAGCUAGCGUUACCUGGCAGCAACAGUGGUUACCGUUGAAUAAGUUUAUACGUAAUAGUAGGUUAGCUGGGUAGCUAGCAAGUAUUUGCAGAAAAGUGUUGCAUGUUAGGUUCUUACUGAUAUCAGCUAACGUCUGCGAACGUCACAAUGGACUUGCCACAUCAUGGGUACCGAGCAACUAAACCGAGAGCUCGUGCAGCUCCCCCCACAGCAGAUUCUGUCCUGUUUGAAGACACCAGCUCUGCUGCACUGGUAAUGAACAGUCAAGGAUACUACACUCCUGGGUACAAUAUGGGAGCACCCUCAAAUGACAUGCAGGGAGUUGCUGGGGUGGAAAACCUGUUUACUGACCCAAUGGCCAACGCUGCAGUGAUGUACGGCUCCUCAUUAGCCAACCAAGGAAAGGAUAUGGUAAACAAAGAGAUCAGCAGAUUCAUGUCUGUGAACAAGCUGAAAUACUUAUUCGCUGUCGACACCAGAUAUGUACUGAAGAAACUUAUGAUCCUCAUGUUCCCUUAUACACAUCAGGACUGGGAAGUUCGUUAUCAUCGGGACACUCCACUGACUCCAAGACAGGAUGUGAAUGCACCUGAUCUUUACAUACCAACAAUGGCUUUCAUUACCUACAUUUUACUUGCUGGAAUGGCCCUCGGCAUUCAAAAAAGGUUCAGUCCAGAGGUUCUUGGACUGUGUGCCAGCACCGCCCUCGUGUGGGUCAUCAUCGAGGUCUUGGUGAUGUUAUUGAGUUUGUACCUGCUGACAGUACACAGCGACCUCUCAACCUUUGAUCUUAUUGCCUACAGUGGAUACAAAUAUGUUGGGAUGAUCUUCACAUUGUUGUGUGGCUUACUGUUUGGCAGUGAUGGUUAUUUUGUGGCCCUUGCCUGGUCCUCUUGUGCCCUUAUGUUCUUCAUUGUUCGAUCUCUGAAAAUGAAGAUCCUUCCCUCUCUCUCCUCGGACUCCAUGGGAACUGGAUCAAGUGCCAAACCUCAACUCCGCCUUUAUAUCACUGUGGCUACUGCAGUCUUUCAGCCAGUCAUUAUAUAUUGGUUAACCUCUCACUUGGUCAGGUGACUGUGAGGCAUUUAAUAACCAGAAGUCCAAGUGUGUUGGACCCAACAAAAAUGUGGUUGUUGAGUAUUUGUACAAUAGCCUUUAUAUGCUCUUUUGUCAGUAAACUCAAAAGAUAUGUAGACGGUGUUGAAUUGCAGCGAGAUGGACAUGUUCAUAAUGCAAUGGUUUCAUUGAUUUAACCACAAAGUGUGACGCAGAAAAUGUCUCACUGGAAGACUGUUGUUUUUCCCCAUGUGUAUAGUAACACUGACUGAAUGUUUAUUUUUGGCCACCUAACUUUGAAAACAAGGGCUUUUAUUGUGACAUUUGUUUAAUCAUAACUCAGAUUCAAUUCAAGUUUCCUUUUAUAUAAUGUCCCUGGACAUGCUUUCUAGUAUUUACGCCACACAGUACACACCACGCAGACAGAAAUGCACAUUACACACGAUUCGAGUGCCACUUUCCUGGUAUGGUAAUGUUGCUGCUGCAUUAUCUUCCUUUCUCUGGUGAAUCCUGGAUUUUAUUUAUCUACAUCUGACAAAGCAUGACAAUGUUUGGAUUUUUUGUAGAAAAAAAUAAAUAUAUUUAGCUUUGUGCGUUCAA